AUGGCAGCGGGACAGCGUUACUGUAGGACAACGUGGAAGCGGGACAACGUUACAGCAGAACAACGUGGCAGCGGGACAGCAGGACAACGUGGAAGCGGGACAGCGUUACAGCAGGACAACGUAGCAACGACAACGUGGCAGCGGGAUAGCGUUACAGCAGGACAACGUGGAAGCGGGACAGCAGGACAACGUGAAAGCGGGACAGCGUUUACAGCAGGACAAUGUGGCAACGUUACAGCAGGACAACUUGGCAGCGGGAUAGCGUUACAGCAGGACAACAUGGCAGCGGAACAGCCGUUCCUGCAGGACAACCGGGAUAACGUUACAGCAAGACAACGUGGCAACAUUACAGCAGGGCAACGUGGCAGCGGGAUAGCGUUACAACAGGACAACGUGGCAACUUUACAGCAGGGUAACGUGGGCAGCGGAACAGCAGGACAACUUGGCAGCGGGAUAGCGUUACAGCAGGACAACGUGGCAGCGUUACAGCAGGACAACGUAGAAGCAGGACAGCGUUACAGCAGGACAACCGUUACAGCAGGACAACGUCGCAGCGGGUCAGCGUUACAGCAGAUCAGCGUUACAGCAGGUCAACGUGGCAGCGGAACAGCGUUACAGCAGGACAACGUAGCAGCGUUACAGCAGGACAACUUGGGCAAGGCGUUACAGCAGGGCAAACUUGGCAGCGGGACAGCGUUACAGCAGGACAACGUGAUAGCGGGACAGCGUUACAGCAGAACAACGUGGCAGUGUAAAGGCAGGGCAACUUGGCAGCGGGACGGCGUUACAGCAGGACAACUUGGCAGCGUUACAGCAGGACAACGUGGCAGCGGAUCAGCGUUACAGCAGGUCAACGUGGCAGCGGGUCAUCGUUACAGCAGGACAGCGUUACAGCAUGACAACGUGGCAGCGUUACAACAGGACAGUCUGACAGCGUGGCAGCGUUACAGCAGGACAGCGUUACAGCAGGACAACGUGGCAGCGUUACAGCAGGACAGUCUGACAGCGUGGCAGCGUUACAUCAGGACAGCGUUACAGCAGGACAACGUGGCAGCGUUACAACAGGACAGUCUGACAGCGUGGCAGCGUUACAGCAGGACAGCGUUUCAGCAGGACAAGCGUGGCAGCGUUACAGCAGGACAGUCUGACAGCGUGGUAGCGUUACAUCAGGACAGCGUUACAGCAGGACAGUCUGGCAGCGGGACAGCUAUGCCGGUUCAAAUACAUCUGGAUGAUGAUGAUGACGGUGAUAAUGAUGAUGAUGUAAGAAGUCGUAGUAGUAGCAGCAGCAGCAGCAGCAGGAAGGGUAGUAGUAGCAGUAAUGGUAGUACCAAAGUACCUUCAUGUAAUUGA